AUGAGGUUUGUUUCAAGGCUACAUGUGUGCGCAAUUGCCACAAUCCUGAUGAUCUUCUACUUCAUAUGGGUACAUCAGUCAGACUACUUCGAAAACAAGGUGCAGUUGAUGUGGCGAAGAAAUCACCAUCGCGUAGUUGUCUUUGGAAAUGAUUGGUCUGACACACAGAAUUAUCGGGUCUCAUCGUCUGAGAUAUCUCGACAGAAGACUGAUCGUGGAGAGGUGUGGGUGGAAACGCUGUGCAGGGAGCUCAAAUGCGACCAUCUCGAAAACUUCGCGCGCUCAGUGUCAUCGGAUACAGAGGCUAGACAGGUUGGCUCUCUUGUCGAUUCUAGUCUGUAUGAGUUAGCCAAGGGCGCAAAAAGCAAUGGCAUUCAAACGAGAGACGACCUCAAGACACAAGUGCGACAAUUCUUGAUUUACGAUCAAGGCAGGCGUCACAUUCCCGAGCGAUUUCGUAAAGCUGAGAAUGAAUGGACAGUCUUCACUGUCUACUUUGGUUUAUGGGAGCUCAUGGAGUACUCGUCGCUGGAGAAGCAGUAUGCCAUGGUAGCAAUCGAGAAUAGUAUCCAGAAGCUGUUCCAGAAUCUGGAUGUUUUGGCAGCAGAGGUCGACUUUCCUCUUAAAGUCAUUAUCCCCCGGAUGAUUGAUGUUACCAUUUUGCCAUGGUUUCAAUCGACUAGGCACGCUGCACCAGAGCAGUUUGCUGAGGCCCAACACCUCAUGGUCUUUUUGUGGUCUUACUGGAACACUGUCUUGCUUCAUGCUGCGACACAAUGGGCGAAAGGCCAGGUUGUCGUACCAGAUCCAAACACCUUGAUUGUGGAACAGAUUAGAGUCGGACAGCUCCACUCUAAACAGAUCUCGGAUGCAUCUGGUACAGGCAAACAGGCGCCACUCUUCGAAUAUAUCGAGCAACCCUGUCUGGCAUCGAAACAGGACGACCUGCAAACAGCUGCUUUUGAGAAGUGCGAGGAUCCAUCCCAACAUCUGUUCUGGGAUGAUAUCCAUUUCAGUGGUACUGUCCAUCGUCUAAUCGGAGAUCAGGCCGCCAGCCUCGUACGCGGGAACCAGACGGCCAAUAUAGAAGCAAUGCAGGGCGCCGUCAACGCUCAGGAAUCCAAGGUACCAGAGGGGGCGAAGUUUGAAUUGAAAUUCCCUCCUGGAUAUUAA